UCCGCGGGGCCGAGCGGGCUGCGGGGCGCGGCGGCGGCGGCGGCGUCCGAGCUGCGGGUGGGAGCCCGCGCGGCAGCAGAGGCGGCGGCUCUCUCCCGCGCCCGGCCGCCGGCGCCCGCGCUCCGAGGCGAUGCCGGACCAGAUCUCCGUGUCGGAAUUCGUGGCCGAGACCCAUGAGGACUACAAGGCGCCCACGGCCUCGAGCUUCACCACCCGCACGGCGCAGUGCCGGAACACCGUGGCGGCCAUCGAGGAGGCUUUGGACGUGGACCGGAUGGUACUUUACAAAAUGAAGAAAUCCGUGAAAGCAAUCAAUAUCUCUGGGCUGGCACAUGUGGAAAAUGAAGAGCAGUACACCCAGGCUUUGGAGAAGUUUGGUGGCAACUGUGUGUGCCGAGACGACCCAGAUUUAGGAAGUGCGUUCUUGAAGUUCUCGGUGUUUACGAAGGAGUUGACAGCGCUUUUCAAAAACCUGAUUCAGAACAUGAACAACAUCAUCUCCUUCCCGUUGGACAGUUUGCUGAAGGGGGACCUGAAAGGCGUGAAAGGGGAUCUGAAAAAACCUUUUGAUAAAGCUUGGAAGGACUAUGAAACAAAAAUAACCAAAAUAGAAAAGGAGAAAAAGGAACAUGCCAAGCUCCACGGGAUGAUUCGCACCGAAAUAAGUGGGGCGGAAAUAGCUGAAGAGAUGGAGAAGGAGCGGCGGUUCUUCCAGCUCCAGAUGUGCGAGUAUCUGCUGAAAGUCAAUGAAAUAAAGAUUAAAAAGGGAGUGGAUUUACUUCAGAAUCUGAUCAAAUAUUUUCAUGCUCAGUGCAAUUUUUUCCAGGAUGGUCUGAAAGCAGUUGAAAGCCUCAAGCCUUCCAUUGAAACUCUUUCAACGGAUCUUCACACAAUCAAACAGGCCCAGGAUGAAGAAAGAAGGCAGCUGAUACAGCUUCGAGAUAUUCUGAAAUCAGCAUUGCAGGUUGAACAGAAAGAGGAUUCACAGCUUCGCCAGAGUACAGCAUAUAGCCUACAUCAGCCUCAGGGAAACAAGGAACAUGGAACUGAGCGAAAUGGGAACCUCUAUAAGAAAAGUGACGGGAUCCGAAAAGUGUGGCAGAAAAGGAAAUGCUCGGUUAAAAACGGCUUUUUGACCAUUUCCCAUGGUACCGCGAACCGCCCUCCCGCAAAGCUCAACCUUUUAACCUGCCAAGUGAAGACCAACCCGGAGGAGAAGAAGUGUUUCGACCUCAUUUCUCAUGACAGAACGUACCACUUUCAAGCAGAGGAUGAGCAGGAGUGUCAAAUAUGGAUGUCUGUGCUGCAAAACAGCAAAGAAGAAGCUCUAAACAACGCAUUUAAAGGGGAUGACAACACCGGAGAAAAUAACAUCGUCCAGGAACUGACGAAGGAGAUCAUCUCAGAAGUGCAGAGGAUGACGGGCAAUGACGUGUGUUGCGACUGCGGGGCCCCAGAUCCAACUUGGCUUUCUACCAAUCUGGGCAUCCUGACUUGCAUUGAGUGUUCUGGAAUCCACCGAGAGCUGGGCGUUCACUACUCCAGGAUGCAGUCCCUGACAUUAGACGUGUUAGGAACAUCUGAACUGCUGCUUGCCAAGAACAUCGGGAAUGCAGGCUUUAACGAGAUUAUGGAGUGCUGCCUUCCAGCCGAGGACUCGGUCAAACCCCACCCAGGCAGCGACAUGAAUGCAAGAAAGGACUACAUCACUGCCAAGUACAUCGAGAGGAAAUAUGCAAGGAAAAAACACGGGGAAAACUCAGCCAAACUCCACAGCCUGUGUGAGGCCGUCAAGACCAGAGAUAUUUUCGGAUUACUCCAAGCAUAUGCUGAUGGUGUGGAUCUAACAGAGAAAAUCCCUCUGGCCAAUGGACAUGAGCCCGAUGAAACAGCGCUCCAUCUCGCAGUCAGAUCCGUGGACCGCACUUCCCUCCACAUAGUGGACUUUCUAGUCCAGAACAGUGGGAAUCUGGACAAGCAGACGGGAAAAGGCAGCACAGCGCUGCACUACUGCUGCCUGACGGACAACGCCGAGUGCCUGAAGCUGCUGCUGCGGGGGAAGGCCUCCAUCGAGAUAGCUAAUGAGUCCGGAGAGACCCCACUGGACAUUGCCAAGCGCCUCAGACACGAGCACUGCGAGGAGCUGCUGACCCAGGCCUUGUCUGGAAGGUUUAACUCCCAUGUUCACGUUGAGUAUGAAUGGCGACUGCUACACGAGGACCUGGAUGAAAGUGAUGACGACAUGGAUGAGAAAUUGCAGCCCAGCCCCAGCCGGCGAGAGGACCGACCGGUCAGCUUCUACCAGCUGGGCUCCGGCCAGCUCCAGUCCAACACCACCACGUCUUUGGCCAGAGACGCCGUCGGCCUUGCCAAGGACAAGCAGAGGAGCUUCGUGCCCAACAUCCUGCAGAAUGAGACGUACGGGACCAUCCUGAGCGGAAGCCCACCCUCCACCCAGCCUGUCGCCCCCAGCACUGCCAGCGCCCCCCCGCUCCCCCCGCGGAACGUUGCCAAAGCUCAGACAGCCACCCCAGCUCAUGCCACGUGGAAGACAAAGUCUGUAAGUGUGGACGGUGUCAGCAGGCAGAGAUCUUCAUCAGAUCUGCCAGCUGUUCAUCCACCGGUCCGCGUCACAUCUACCAAUUCCCUGGCUCCCACACAGGCCCCUCCCGGAGCAAAGCUGUCCAAUGUGAUGGACGUCCUGAGCCAGCAGAACAAGUCCACUCUGCCCAGCAAGGCCUCAGCCCCACCACUGCCUCCGCAGCCACCCAGCCGACCCCCCCAGAAGAGACCUGCUCCCGGGGCCGACAAGUCCACCCCGCUGAUCAGCAAAGGCCAGCCCAGGGGACCUGCAGUUGAUCUCUGUGGAACAGACACUGCGGGUCCCCUGUCCAGCACGGUGGCAGUGCAGCCCCCGGCACCCAUGCCCCGGAAGUCACAGACGACUAAGCUGAAGCCCAAGCGGGUGAAAGCCCUGUACAAUUGCGUGGCUGACAACCCGGACGAGCUGACCUUCUCGGAGGGGGACGUGAUCAUCGUGGAUGGGGAAGAGGACCAGGAGUGGUGGAUCGGCCAUCUAGAUGGAGACCCCAGUCGUAAAGGAGCAUUUCCUGUAUCAUUUGUGCACUUUAUUGCUGACUAAGUUGUUCCUGAACAAAACACUUCUACUGAUAAUUAUGUUCCUGUAUCACUCUUGGUACUGAAAUUCCUGCCAGAUUCUGCCCCGUUUCGUGAGCUAUUAUUGUACGGCGG